AUGUCACAAAUCAUAUCCCUAUCUACGGGAGAUUUGUUGAGUAACAGUCAAGAUGCCUUCCCCGUUAUGAUGGGAAUGAAUCAAGGCGAGAACGUUGACGAGAAGGCUGAAUUCCAACUAUUGAAAACCGGAGUAUCGUAUCCGGCAAAGGUCACUGCUUUGUCGCAACCAUUAUUGCAAGGAAAAGAAGAUGUGAUUAUAAGGCUGGAUGUUGGCGGCAUACAUAUUUCGACACCGGAAUUGGAAGAGCUUUUAGACCUCGAACUUCAGCAUGUGUUGCAGUACAGUUAUAACCGGACCAAGCAGACCUUUACAUUUUCACAUCUGGAUCGAGAUGGACUGUUGAGUCAGUACAAGUUCGUAUCGCCAAAGUAUUUCGACAUUUUCGAUUUCCUCGGUCGAGCCAUUGCCGCUGUAAUCAAGCAAGCUACAGCAGCCGGUAGUCCAACAGCAGCAGCACGUGUCGCUGAUUUCUCGAGAGAAUCACCAACUGUCAUGGAACUGCCGAAACUACCCUCCAAAUUGAGUUCCAGACGGCCCUCUGCAAACCCAGCACCAUCUUUGCUUUCGACAUCCAAUACUUCAGCGAGGAAGCCGCUAGCCGGGCUAUUCGAAGUGGAUUCUCCUACCAGCCCAUCCUCCAUGACGUUACAUAAGGUCGCUAUUGCAAAACAUUUGAUGGAAGAGAAAUACGAGAAUAAGAGUAGCAAGGAAAUUGUUGAAGCUCUUAAAUCACCUGUCGACCCCGUCGCACCACCAUCACCAGUCGACUCAAUACAUCCCGAACUACCAAUUGAAGUCAAACCCACCAAAGUUGAAUUUAUCACCCAACCCAUACUUACAGAAGAAGCACAAGCAUCCAAAAAGCAGCAAGGGAAGAAGUUUGGUACUCUGAGUCGGUUACUAUCGAAACGAGUACGUCCAGACAAGGUCGCAACAACAGGGUCAGAACCAGCACUUAAUCGAUAUGGAACAGUGCGGAUGAGUCGAGAGAAGCUAUCUACAGCAGCUGGAACCAAGACGAUUGGAUCAGCAGCAGGAGGUUCACAGAAUCAACUGGACAAUAAGUCUAAUUCUGUAAUGGCUCUGUUUCGUAAUCCUACUACGAAAUCACCAAAAGGAACUGUUCGCAAGACGGUCACGCGUAGUGAGGACGUGCUCAACAAGAAAUCCAAUGAGAAGUUAUACUCCAGUCAGACUCUCGGCCAUGGAAGAGCGGCAUCUGGUGGGAAGUGGAAGGAGAAGCUGUCGGCGAGCACUGAAUUUCUUGCAUAUGCAACAGUCAACAGACGAGCUUUUAGUGCUGCGAAAGCCAGUACUGCAGCCCCAACAUCACCUAUAGAGAUGCUGAGAGGGAACGCUGUCAUCACUGCCGGUUCACCUGCUGUCCUCAAGAUUCGUGAUAACAACCAGCAAGAGAUCCUCAUCAAGAACUUGCGAGACGAAACAGCUUAUGAGAUUGUUGCCGGAACACCGGAUGCGCUUGUUGAUGCUCUUGUUGACGAUCCAGACCUGCUCUAUCUGGAAGUCUUCCUACUCACAUUCCGACACUUCAUGACACCCAUCGUCCUCCUAAACCACCUCCAAACCAAGUUCCUGAAUUCAUCAACUGAAAUGCAUAGUCCAGUUGAUGCGACACAAGUAGUUGAUGGAAAUUUGCCUUCAAUUGUGAUGCACCGUAUUGUCAGUAUUGUUAAAAAAUGGGUUGGAGAACAUUCGUAUGACUUUUUGCUGCCUGAAAUGAGGAAUGCUCUAGACGACUUCCUCCGAGUUGUAAGAACCACCGAGUAUAAGCACUAUGCGGACCAGAUUCAGCAAAUCGUAUCGCACGAGAUGGUCAGCCUCGAAACCCUUCUACGUAAAAGGGGUACCCACUCAUCUCUAGAUCCACUCGCACCAGCCCCAAUCCAAACAACCUCCGAACUAAAGGAAUUACUAGUGGGAUUCGAAUUAAUGAACCACAAGGCGAAGCACAUUGCUCAACAGCUGACACUGGCUGAUUCCAAAAUGUUUAGAGCCAUCAAACCAGAAGAGUUUGCUAUAUUUCUGUGGGGUGACAAGACGGCCAAGAGUGCGAGACAGCUUCAAGCUUAUAUUGAUCGGUUUAACAAGAUCGGGUAUUGGGUUGGGACUAUCGUUUGCUCAUAUGAGCAGUUGCAGAAACGGACUGAAGCCAUUGAGAAGUUUAUUAAAGUUGCUCGAAAGUGUCUAGAGUUACAAAACUUCAAUUCAGCUAUGGCCAUCUUCAGUGGGUUGAAUACAAAUUCUGUGAGCAGAAUGAAGAAGUCUUGGGCUGGAGUUUCAAGUCGAGUAAUGGGAUUUUAUAAAGAACUUGAAGACACUCUAAGCUACAGAGGAAACUACAAGGCCUACCGAGAAAUGGAGCAUCUCGCCAAACCACCACUGAUACCAUUCUUUGGCCUAAUGAUCAAGGACUUGACAUUCUUAAACGACGGCAACCAGAAAAUCCUCUCGAACGGACUCAUCAACUUCGAAAAAAACCGACUCAUAUUCAAUGUCAUUAACGCUAUGCGACAAUUCCAACGAGACAAGUACCCUAUCGUGCCCGACGAGUCUCUCAAAAUCUCAUCAAUAUUGACGGGCGCAAGAUCUAUUUCAUUGCAUCAGUAUUGUGCGUCUCCGCCAUGUCUGAGAGAAGACCAGUUGAUGAAUCUGAGUCGGGCUGUUGAACCUCCGGAAGCCAAAGGUACUGGAGGUGAUGCUAAUCCCGCAACGACUCCAACCAGUGUGAUAAGCACGAAUACAGCUACGGGAACUAUUCGUGGAAUUAUGUCGGCAAUGAGUAUGUCUUCUCCGUCGUUAGCAACAUCGUCGAAUAAUAAUCUAGCAUCAACCAACGCUGCAUCACAAUCGGGAAUUGGAGCAGCCACGAUUCGAAAAGCAGGAUUAUCAACUGCAUUACUACAAAUGUUGGCAGCUGCUGAAGAAUUAGAAUCCAUGCCACCACCACUACCAAUCAAGGACAAGUCAGUUGUCUCACUGUCAGGUGCAACAUCCAGUGGUUCAUUACUAGGUAUAGCAGGACGCGAACAAGAAUCAACAGCACCUUCUAUCAUCAGUAUAAUAUCACCGGCGGCCACGAUAAUCAAUACGAAACAAGAAGGUCCAUUAUCACCUGCCGGAACUGUUGUUGCCGUCCCACCAAGUCCAGAUGCCCUUGCAUUGACUCCUGUAACUCCGUCGCCAAUGUGGAGUGAGGUGACAUCGCCGACAGGAUUCGACUCACCAGUCUCGCAAAUUCAGUCCGCUACUCCCGCAAGUGGACGCCGAGCAUCACGAACACCAAACCUUAUGACGAAACGUGCCAGCUUAAUGAAUAUUGAUCCAUUUGAAGCAACAAAACAAUCAGCACGUCCACCGUCUAUAGUAACCAAAAGAAGUAGUAUGAUUUCACUGGGUGCUAUCGAUGCUUCAUUAUCGAUUAAUCUUAUUGGGCCUACACCACAAGGGACCGUUAAAUCACGACAUGUGGAACCUACUACGCCCAUCACGUUUGAGGAUAUAUGGGGUAGCAUACAUAUGGAGCAGGAUGAUGACUGCGACAAAGAGGAAAAUGAAGUGGAGAGUAGAAAUAAUACGGAUGAUGUCGACGACGAUCAAGACGACGAUGAUGUCGACGGUGUUUCACAAAUCAAUCCAAUGGGUAUAGUAUCACCACCAUCGAACGCUGAAAUGGAUCGAGCUACGCACUUACAACCACGUAUGGAUACAACGCCCAAAGCAGUUCGUAAAAUGCUAAGAAGAUUAUCGUCUCAAGUGUUGCAACAACAGCUAUCUGCGACGUCAUCCAACUCAUCCGUAUCUGUGCUGCUGCCUCCUGUUGUUGGCGAAGAAUAUUAUACCGCAAGCAAGUCGCCUGUAGUGAGUGUCCGACAGCAACAAGGGAGAGUGAGAAGUGACUCUGCAAGCACGGUAGUUAAAUUUGAAAUGGGUGAACCGUCAAGCCCACCAGUCGCAGUAUCACCAUCACCAGCACCUACACAAAACUUAAAACCCCAAAUGCGAGGAUUUGGAGGUGCAAUAGACCGUGCCGCGACAGUCGUCAGGCCUCGCCACCAAUCUCCAUCUUCCGCAUCUCCGCUAUCUAAAUCAUCGUCUGACCUAGUAGAUGCUCCAAGUAAUCUGCCACCAUGCUCGUCAUUCGUAUCUAAUUAUACCACCACGACAAUGUCUACUAUGCAGACCACCACCACACCGAGCCAGCAUACGAACGAAUGCAGUAUGGACAGUAUAAACGGAUCUGAGAGUCUGGAUUUGAAACGUGGAAGUGCUGAUUACUCGACUGCAGGCACAAUCGAACAGUCGAAUGAUAGCAUCGCGGCUAGCAACGAAGGACUCGAAGCCUCUGGAGGAAUCGUAAACUCACUCAGCAACAAGAGCUUCCGUACUACGCAAUCGUCUGAAUCAAGACAAGAAUCACCAACAUCAGGAUCAGUAGCAUCCAUGGCGAAAGCAUUUGAAAACAAGGGCAAGCAAGCACAGAUAUCUGCAAGCUCUGAAAGUGUCGGGAGAGCAAUUGCGGAGAUGUAUCGUGAGAAUGUGGGUGCUAGUAGUGAGACUAUUGGGGAUGCUAUUUCGGGGCUUUUCGUUGAUUCUCCGACGUCGCCUGCAUCCCCACAACAAGAUGCCACACCAAACCUGUACAAGACCAAUCAGUAG